UUAAAAAAUGCGUUUCUAAAGUGCAUAAACUUUUGGGAUUAACUGUAUAGGCAAUACAUUCUUAAGAACGUGAUCGAAUUCCAAUUUAUAUGGUGAUUAGUUUCUGGCGCCGUAGAAGCGAUUUGAAAAAAUUAUGAAUUCCCGAACAUCGGGUUAUAGUAGUACAUCGAUAAACUUCUUUAAAUAAAAUCGAUAAGAAUUACAAAUAUAAUUAACAAUGAGAGCGCGAUGAUUCUCGGAGUCUGCGCUCUGUAGCCUCGUGCUUUCAACCCCUCGAAUCCGUGGAAUAGUGGGAGGGACGUGGAUCCGUUCGAAAGCUGAAACUCAGCAAAGAUCUUUCACGCUUAGAUCCUCCCCGCGAACGUUUCAAUCCACAGUUUACCAAUCGUACGUGACAAUAGGAAAUGAAUGUUUGUCAAAGUUGAUGCGAAAUUAAUUUAACGGUCGACUUUUAUGGUGAGACAUGUUCGCAUUUAUAAUCCUACUGUUGGUGUGUACUGAUGGUAGAGAGAAUUAUGCCUUCGAUGGGGAAGCCUCGCGGAAUUCGUCGCGAAACGCCGUAGCAACGAGGGGAAUCGUCAACGACGUUGUCUCGAAGAAUAUAACGAUGGUCCUAGAAAAUCUGUUAAUGAAUUACGAGAACAAUCAACUGCCCACUCAUGGGAAAGGGACUCCGACCAUCGUCAAGACUAAUAUUUUAAUCAGGAGCAUGGGCCCUGUUUCGGAAUUAGAUAUGGAUUAUUCGAUGGACUGCUACUUUCGUCAAUCGUGGCGUGACUCGCGUCUCAGCUUCCUUGGCCCGAUCAAAUCGUUGAGCCUGAGCAUAAAAAUGUUGGAAAGAAUCUGGAGGCCUGAUACUUACUUCUACAACGGGAAACACAGUUACGUGCACACUAUAACGGUGCCUAACAAACUGCUCCGAAUAUCUCAGGACGGAGACAUUCUUUAUUCGAUGAGAUUAACUAUAAAAGCGAAGUGUCCGAUGGAGUUGAGGAAUUUCCCCAUGGAUCGGCAAUCUUGCCCGUUGAUCCUCGGCAGCUACGCUUAUACCUCCCGGCAACUGGUGUACGAAUGGCAGGACAGUUCGUCGGUGAACUUCGUCCCUGGGAUGACGUUAUCACAGUUCGAUCUAAUGGGUUCGCCUUGUAGGAAUUUAACGUUCGUCAGGAGAGAGGGCGAGUUCUCGGUGCUACAAGUCUCCUUCAAUCUGCAGAGGAACACUGGAUAUUUCUUGAUCCAAGUUUACGUCCCCUGCGUGUUGAUAGUCGUGCUCAGUUGGGUUUCGUUCUGGAUUCACCGGGAAGCGACUAGCGACCGAGUCGGAUUAGGAAUCACCACUGUCUUGACGUUGUCCACGAUUAGCCUGGAUUCGAGGACCGAUUUGCCUAAAGUGAAAUACGCGACCGCUCUGGACUGGUUCCUUCUGAUGAGUUUCGGCUACUGCAGCGCUACGCUGUUGGAAUUUGCAGGGGUUCAUUACUUCACGAAGGUAGGGAGUGGAGAGAUUCCUUUGGAUGAAGAAGAUCUCACUGAGGAGUUCGAGACUGUCGGAGCUGCUGCGAAUGGUGAUUAUCAAAAUGAUUUCUGCGGCUUCGUUCCCUGCAGUCCUGAAACGGUUCACCCGGAAAUCACGAACAUAAUGGAUGUUGAAAGAAGGGAAAGACGAAAUAAGAGCAGCUCCUUAAUUUGCGACGUCUAUGAUGUCGAUGUAAGCACAAAUGUACAGGAGCCAGUGUCUUACGGCAGAGGAAGAGGUUCUAUGACAGUAUCGUCAGUGGCCUCGAAACCAUCUACGAUGGAACGACAGACACAAACCGACGUCUGGAUACCGAAAUGGAGACAAUUCAUCUACUGCCUCACCGGCGACGAGGACUUCAGGAGGAAGAGGCAGAGAGAAGCAGCUGGGAAUUGCAAAAGGCAAGGAGAGAACAUUGCCAGGCACAUAAACAGUGUGUCUUCCAUAGACAGAGUCGCACGGGUCGUUUUCCCGGCAUCGUUCGGUUUAUUAAAUGUCCUGUAUUGGGUAACUUACGUUAGUUAUCAAGAAGAUUUCAAGUGGCAGGACCCGCCAUUAGGCUCCAUAUCCAAUUCGGUUAAUUAGAUAAUUGUUUCCAAUGUAGUUUCAACGAAUUUGAACAUGUAACUACUUAUUAAAGUACGCAUAAAUAAAUGAACGUAAUGAACGUGA